UAGGGCAGAGCCAGGCAGCACCACCAUCAUGUCUGUGAUGCUCGUGGAGCCAGCGAGUCAGCGACAGCGCAUCGAUUCCACCGAGCAGCUGCUAGGAGAAGAGGAGAGUUCCAGUAGCGCGCACGACGACGAGGGAGCAAAAGGGCGCAGGGGGUUUUCGCGCGGCACGGACAACCGCGGCGUGGAUCUGACGGCGGGAGUAGAUCUAGACCUAGACGGCCGCUCACCCACGGCCCGCCGCGCCUCGCUGCCGAGUCUGGUGCAUGAAGCGACGUACUCACCACACACAGAAACACAAUCUACUAGCGACGGGGCAAAGCCGCCUUCAGCGGUUCGCGAAGCUCAUCGAUUUGUUUACGCGGGCGGUAAACAACAGCGGCACACGGCACUAGCGGCCAGGACGGAGCGAGCGAGGCUGGAGGGUGGCGGGGACGGCCUGGAGAAUGCGAGCGUCAUUGCAGACGACAACGACAUCGUGUUCAACAGUCGCAACAACAGCAGCAGCAACAGCAACAGCAGCAGCAGCAGUGGUUGUAGUAGCCGUCCCAGUAGUGCUGCCCACGACUCUCAGAUCGCUAUUGUGUCGGAGAUCAUCGCUAGGGAGAAAGAUUUCAGUUACCCGGUGGACGUACACGGCGCUAAGGGAGGAGGAGGAGGAGGAGGAGGAGGAGGAGGAGGAGGAGGAGGAGGAGGAGGAGGAAGGGGAGGAGGAGGAAGAAGGAGUGUGGUCAGUGUUUGCGGUGAUGAGCGUGCCCGUGUGUCGGGGGCGGAAAACACCAGCGAGGAUGACAUGGAGGAAGGACAAGGCCGCUGUGUACAGGAGGUAACGCUGCCCGAGCUCUCCAUCCCAGCCCUCCCCGGGCGACACCUGGCGGUGGAAGAGGAGGACGACAUCACAGCCGACUCCUCCUUCAACAGCAACGCCGCCAUCAACACCACCAGCACCGGCAGCCGCGGUAACAUCUACAUCAACAACAACAACAACAACAGUAACAACAACAACAACCCUAGUUCGAACAGCCAUCAUAACAACAAUAACAACAGCAGCAACAACAACAACAACAGCAGCAACAGCAGCAACAGCCGGACUUUGAACCGCAGUAGUUCUGAUUCUAACGAUGGUCGAGUCAAUCGAGGAUAUACAUCGCCCGAUAUCGAACUCCAAAACUACAGUGUUUUAUACCCGGGAUCUAAAGGCAGCAGUGACCCUAGAGGUCAGUACAAAGGUCAGAAGGGCAACGACCUGUUCCAAAUCUCCCCAAUGCCUCUGGCUCAACACCAGCAGCAGCAGCCUCAGCAGGGCUCCUUCUCCUCACAGCUGGGCAAGUGGAAGCUGCGGAACAUGGGGCCCAGCUACGAGCUGGCUUCCACGAGCAGGGAACCCGUCCCCACCUUCAACGUGGUGUCCAAGUCGGAAUUGAACCUCCGAGCCUCCAAUUCCAUGCGCUCGACAGGGGGGCGUUCGCCGUACUUCCACACACAGAGGGAAAAUGCACGAGCAAACAGCGAAGAGGAAACGGGUCGUGCGUACAGUGACGACGGCGGGAAACAUAACCAAACCUUGUCGGACAUCGGGGCGGAUUACAUGCGGGUCAACGGCGCCAUCGGCUCCUUCAAACAGCUUCAGAAACCCACGUCCAUGCAGUCCCUGCCCACGUCCUCGAAGCUCAGCUUCACGGAAGAGGCCGGCCUUGCUCUGGUCGGAGGCUCGGAGUUCCAAAGGUACACGGAAGAGCGUCAUCAGCACAAGUCUCGCCAGAAGCCUAGUGUGGGAUAUAGGCUAGGCAAGAGGCGAGCGCUCUACCAAAAGAGGAAGAAAAUUUCUGACUAUUGCCUUGUGUUUGGCAUGUUUGGGAUCAUUGUGAUGGUACUGGAGACAGAGCUGAGUAUGGCAGGUGUAUAUAGUAAG